UCGCCGCGACAUUGUUGGGUCUGCAUAUGUUGAGACUGAAGACCAAGUCUACCCUCUGGACAAGCUAUGAAGAUGGGAAUUUCAGCUCACUUGACUGUCAUUUGUUUGACAUUUGUCACUUGGAAGUGUGUGUUAGGAGUACAGUUCAAUAAAUACUGUCCGAAAAGUUUACCGUCGAAAUGUUUCUGCAACAAAGAAAAGACCAGCGUUAACUGUGAGGGUAUACCGCUGUAUGAUAUACCAACAGGCAUACCACCAACUGUCGAGAGACUCUACUUGUCCCAUAACUACAUAGACACAAUAAAUAGUUCAAGAUUCGGCUUUCUUCCCAAUCUGAAGGAACUGUAUCUUCAAAACAACAAGAUCAUAAAGUUACAACAGUACGCCUUCCACGGAGAGAAUACCCCUAGAAUGUCUACACUUAAGUUAGACAAUAAUGUAAUCAGUUCUCUGGAAAAGUGGUCGUUUUAUAACCUCACAAAUCUCGGCUCGUUAUAUUUAGAAAACAACUAUAUCAAGAUGAUUGAUGAGAACGCUUUUUUCGGAUGUACGAGUGUCACUUUUGUCGGUUUGGACAGUAACAAACUGGAGAGAAUUCCUUCCUUAGGUACACUUCUGGGAUUGCAAAGUCUUUACAUUCCAGCCAAUGUCAUUAAGAAUGCAACCUUUCCUGUUGAGUACAGAAAUCUUACCCAACUCAAGAAUAUAGGUCUUAGCAACAACAAGGUGACUACUCUGGAAAACAGAACUUUUGAGGCUUUGAACACAACUAGCGUCGUCAAGCUGGAAUUGUCAAGAAACAAUAUCAAUGAAAUAGCUCACCAAGCUUUUGCUCCAUUGCUUAAGAUCAAGUCUCUAAAGCUAGGUAUUAACCCAAUCACCGCCCCAGUGCUUGAAAGUGCACUUGUUGGUCUGCAGGGAAAACCUCUUCUGUCUUUGAACAUCGCUAACUUGUCUCUUGGAGGUUUCCUUCCCAACGCAACAUUCGAACUUCUCCGAAAUACCACGAUUAAUACAUUAAUCAUGUCGAACAAUAAGAUUCGCACCAUUCCUAAUAGAGCAUUUGCGGACUUGGAAAAUUUACAGUUAAUUGACGUCAGCAGUAGUGGCAUCACAUCUGUAGCUGACACAGCGUUUGAUGGUCUAAAAGCUUUGACUAAUCUCAAACUGAACGACAAUAUUUUAGAUGAUGUUCCCAGAAAUAUGCCGCCUACUUUAGCUUUGCUAUAUCUAAACGGAAACCGGAUCAGCUCACUUCCAAACGACAUCUUUGUCGAUCUCACCAACCUUCAGAAAUUGUAUUUGGGAGGAAACACGAUUGUUACGCUGUAUCAGUCUUCAUUUAACGGAUUAAUCAAUCUUAAAACACUGCAUCUGGUCCAAAAUAAGAUCGCCACCUUACCAGGCAAAGUGUUCCAGCCCUUGACCCGUCUGUUGUCUUUGGAGUUGAACAAGAACAACAUAAAAAGCAUUGCGGACGGACCUUCUUUAUUUGAAUCUAUGAAUGCUCUUCAAUAUCUUAACCUGGCCGACAACGCUCUCGGUACAAUGCCCGUUGCUUUGUUUAACAAGUUGUCUUCUCUUCAAACUCUGCAGUUAGCGAACAACAACAUUGGACGUGUCAUGGAACUAGAUCAGCAAGGACAACUAUUUUUAGGACUUUCAAAACUUCAGAUCCUUGACCUGUCCAAUAAUCAGAUACAAAAGAUCUACGACACCAGUUUUCGCGAUCUAAGCUCAUUGGUAACGUUAAAUCUCCGUCAGAACCGUGUCUCGGGAUGGGGUCCGCAUCUUUUUAAUAAGAUGGUCGAUUUAAGCUCUCUCGAUCUCAGUCACAAUUUGAUUGCACUUGUCAACAGUACUUCCGUGCAGGAUUUAAUGAAUCUUAUGACACUCAAUCUGACAGACAAUCCGUUUGCUUGUACAUGUGACCUUCGCUGGUUUAGAGACUGGGUCAACACAACGGAUAUAGUUAUUCCUGGACUGCCUUCAUACAUCUGUAACAGUCCUGUGGCCUGGCGCGGGAAGAAGUUGUUGUCCUUUGACCGGACAAAAAUAAACUGUCUGUUCUUUACCCUACCCGUGCUAUUAGCGACGGUUGGCGUGGCUGUGAUUAUUGUAAUCAUCAUUAUCAUAUGUCUCUACAGGAAAAGAUGGUUUAUUCGACUGAGAUGCCAUCGCAUGUGCAGACGCGUUCGCAGAAAAAGGAAGGAUGCAUUAAACUAUGAACCCAUCCCUGGCAGGGAUAACAAGUAUGAUGCUUAUUUGUCGUGUGCAGAUGAUGAUUGGAGAUGGGUGCUUGAUAACAUUCUUCCAGAUAUUGAUAACGGUGAGCUGAUGAAUGUACAAUUUGAUGGUGAAUACAAGCUUUACUUUGACCAGAGAAAUGCUGAACCUGGUAAGUCUAACAUAGCCAAUAUCGUUGACAGCAUGGAGUCCAGUCGAAAAGUCAUCGUCAUCCUCAGCAAUAACUACAUUUCCGACCCCCGGUAUGAAUUUGAAUUAGACUUCACAAUCAUGUUGAAGGCCAAAGGGAUCAUCGAAGACUUUAUUGUUGUGGCAAGUCAGUAUUUGAGGGCGAAAAGCGUGCCGAAAGCACUGCAUCCCAUGAUGGCGAGUGAAAGGUACCUUCAAUGGGAUGAUCGGGAUGAAGCUGUGCUGACCAUAAAGGGAAAAAUAAAGGAAUUCCUGGAGAAGAGGGACGACUGAACUCACAGUGCUUACACAGAAGGACUAUAGAUAAACUCCACAAGCGAUAGAUGAAAACCAACAAAACCCGCAAUAAACAUGAAAACCAACAAAACCCGCAAUAAACAUGAAAACCAACAAAACCCGCAAUAAACAUGAAAACCAACAAAACCCGCAAUAGACAUGAAAACCAACAAAACCCGCAAUAAACAUGAAAACCAACAAAAACCGCAAUAAACAUGAAAACCAACAAAACCCGCAAUAAACAUGAAAACCAACAAAACCGCUUUAAACAGGAAAACCAACAAAAACCGCAAUAAACAGGAAAACCAACAAAACCCGCAAUAAACAUGAAAACCAACAAAAUUCGCAAUAAAUGUGAAAACCAACAAAAUCCGCAAUAGACAUGAAAACCAACAAAACCCGCAAUAAACAUGAAAACCAACAAAAUCCGCAAUAGACAUGAAAACCAACAAAACCCGCAAUAAACAUGAAAACCGACAAAAACCGCAAUAAACAGGAAAACCAACAAAACCCGCAAUAAACAUGAAAACCAACAAAACCCGCAAUAGACAUGAAAACCAACAAAACCCGCAAUAAACAUGAAAACCAACAAAACCCGCAAUAAACAGGAAAACCAACAAAAACCGCAAUAAACAGGAAAACCAACAAAACCCGCAAUAAACAGGAAAACCAACAAAACCCGCAAUAAACAGGAAAACCAACAAAACCCGCAAUAAACAUGAAAACCAACAAAAUCCGCAAUAGACAUGAAAACCAACAAAACCCGCAAUAAACAUGAAAACCGACAAAAACCGCAAUAAACAGGAAAACCAACAAAACCCGCAAUAAACAUGAAAACCAACAAAACCCGCAAUAGACAUGAAAACCAACAAAACCCGCAAUAAACAUGAAAACCAACAAAACCCGCAAUAAACAGGAAAACCAACAAAAACCGCAAUAAACAGGAAAACCAACAAAACCCGCAAUAAACAUGAAAACCAACAAAACCCGCAAUAGACAUGAAAACCAACAAAACCCGCAAUAAACAUGAAAACCAACAAAAACCGCAAUAAACAGGAAAACCAACAAAAACCGCAAUAAACAGGAAAACCAACAAAACCCGCAAUAAACAUGAAAACCGACAAAACCCGCAAUAAACAGGAAAACCAACAAAACCCGCAAUAAACAUGAAAACCAAACAGUAGAAAUGUA